UUUGUUCAGCACAGAACAGAGAGGAGCGCACUGCCUGUAUGUUCAGAGAUUUGACCCCAACACUCUUGUGAAACACAGAUUUGAGACUGAACCUGGUCUGUCUGCACCUAUUAGCUUCUCUGCCACAUGCAGGGGUAGUAACAUACACCUGUUGUACUUAUAUUUGAAUGGCAGUGUGUAUGAGAGUGUGUUGCCACUCAGAAGGUCAUCUACAGGAGCUGAAGGUGUCCUGGCUCUAUCUCGCUCCCUAUGUCUCAGUCUUCCUCUUGGGGAAGAAAAACUGAUGUCUGGUGCUGUUGUUGUGCUUGAUGAGGCUCAUGUAGCUGUGGUUGGAUUCCCCCACCCGUCUGCUGGACCUUGUAAAGGUUACUGUUGUAUCUGGAACACACAUUUUCAAACUCUUCAGGCUUGUAAAGAAAUGGCAGGAAGGAUCUAUAGUCAGUUGUGGUGUUAUUCUGGGAAGCUGUACAUCCCUCAUGGGAAAAUGCUGUCAGUAAUUCCUUUUGAGUGCCAGAAGUCAUCUCUCGGAGCUGCCCUGGGAAAACUGAAGCAGACAAGUCAGAGUGCAGAAUCCAAAUCAUGCAGUUUUGUGUCUUCCUGGACCACCCAGACUUAUAGUGACGUCACACAGACAGCAGAAAUCAAGAGCAGAAUGUCAACCAAAAAUAAUUCUGAUGUCAAGUCUGCACUGACAGUGGAUCAACUCAUAGAACAUAUUAAGACUAGUGCGGUAGAGGAUGUACAAGCAGAGGUGGGUGAGUUUAUUCGUUGGACUCCCCAGGCUGACCUCCAGCUGGCAGUAGGCAGGCUGGCAUUAGAGCUAGUGUCAAGAUCCCAGACACAUGCCAACUUCUACCCUCAGUGUGUAUUUCUACAGCUGCUGGAGACUCGGUACCUCUGCUACAGUGUGUGCCCUGAACUGCUCUCAUUGGCCAUGGUGAAGAAAGAUUUCCAUCUCUGUCAGAUUGCUUUCCAAAUAUUUUCUGACAUUCCUGAAGCCGUCACCUGCUCUUAUCUCAAAACUAUUCUCAGUACUCCAGACUCGGAGAUGGAGACUGUGAAUCUUGACACAGACAGUGUAAUGUUCAUGAAAGAGCUGACUCGGGCACAGAGUCGAUCAGAUGAGGAGGGUGGGCAGCUGAAUGGCUUCUGCUCCCCAGCACUAGAGAGUGAUGUCUCUGAUACCCCCAGCAACAAGCUACAAAGAGAUCCCUUAGCACUGGAUAUGAGCUGUCCUGUGGGGUUACACAAGGGUGCCCUUCUAAAUGAGGUUCUGCAGACAGCGUACAGUGAAAGACCCCUGCUGCCACAUCUAAAAGAUCUCACGGUUCCACAGGUCAUAGUCUUUUUACAGUAUCUAAGGUUCCUUUAUUUUAAGUAUUGUCAUGAUGCCCACAAACAAAUCCGAGCUUUAAGGACCCCAAGUAUUUCUCAGAUCAUAGACUGGGUUUGCUUACUGCUAGAUGCUCAUUUCACCAUCUUGGCUGUGGCACCAGAAGCCAAAAGAUUGGUCUCUGAUCUUCACAAGUUUGUGAGAUCACAGGUAAAACUGUAUGCUGAACUGGGCAAAAUUGAGGGAAGUCUUCAAGUGCUUAAAAAUUCCAAACGGUCUGAAGAUUUUGGCAUGUACGCCAUACAAGUAAUUGAACUAUUUUAGAUUACUUGCGCAGAUUAU